AUGCAACAAUUGAAUAAAAAUAAAAUGGAAAUUAUUCCGUAUGCUACAUUUCAUGAAAAAAAACAAUUGUUACUAAUUGAUCAAAAAGCUUAUACUCGAGAUUUUCAACAAAGAUAUGAUAAUGAAUUCUUACAACGUUGGAAUAAAGUUCAACAAAGUCAACAAUUUGGUAGUACAACUGUUAGUUCAUCAAUGAAUAAUCGUUUAUCUCAAUUAAAUCUUGAUCGCAAUGGUGAUCGUGAACAUUUAUCUGAUAUUGAAAGUCAAACAGAUCCCGAUGGUGGUCAAAGUGAAGCUGAUAAAGAAGAAAUUCGUCAAAUAUUUGAUAUAUCUCAUGCAUUAGAAACAUUUGAUGAUUAUAAAGAAAUAAAAGAAUGGAUUAAUCAAGAUACAACAUUAUUUGUUUAUUCACAAAAAGAUAAAAUAUUAUCAAUAAUUGAAACAAAUUCUAUAACAAUUAUUCAAGGAAAUAUUGGAUCAAGAAAAUCUACACAAAUUCCACAAUAUAUAUAUUAG